AAGACAACUUUAAAGUGAGGGCUGUUGACCAGUAUCUCGUGUGCGUGCGUUUGGGAAGCUGACGGUGGCGUUUUCACCAGAGUGGUAUGAACUAUUUGGAAUUGCUCGUGGCGAGGAGUGCCUCUUCCUGAAGGCGACACAGAUGUUACCGGAUCCCUGUCAACAGGGCGGCAGUUUGUGCUCCCCAGACCUGUGUGCCUCUGCCAAGACGCCGGGAAAGCCCUUGCUGGUUGAAGGAAAAUGCUGAAAUUCGUGGCCACAGAUGUGUUUAAUUCAAAAAACCUGGCUGUGCAGGCACAAAAGAAGAUCUUGGGUAAGAUGGUGUCCAAAUCCAUUGCCACCACCUUAAUCGAUGACACCAGCAGCGAGGUGUUAGACGAGCUCUACCGAGUAACCCGGGAGUACACCCAGAACAAGAAGGAGGCCGAGCGGAUCAUCAAGCACCUCAUCAAGACAGUCAUCAAGCUGGCCAUCCUGUACAGGAACAAUCAGUUUAAUCAAGAUGAGCUGGCCCUCAUGGAGAAAUUCAAGAAGAAAGUUCAUCAGCUGGCCAUGACCGUGGUCAGCUUUCACCAGGUGGAUUAUACCUUUGACCGGAACGUGCUCUCCAGGCUGCUGAAUGAAUGCAGAGAGAUGCUCCACCAGAUUAUCCAGCGUCACCUCACCGCAAAGUCGCACGGACGGGUUAAUAAUGUCUUUGACCAUUUUUCAGAUUGUGAAUUUUUGGCGGCCUUGUAUAAUCCCUUCGGAAAUUUUAAACCCCACUUACAAAAACUCUGUGAUGGUAUCAACAAAAUGCUGGAUGAAGAGAACAUAUGAACCUACGAGGUAGGAUGGUGACUGCUCGUGGUUGGUUUGAAGAUGGAGCGCUGUUGAUUUAUGAAGGAAAACAAAAAGGAUUUUUUAAAAAUAUUACACAUAGCCUGGAAAGACUUUUCCAAUUCCAUUGUCAAGCAUUAAUGAUAGUGCUUUUAUUUGAAGAAAAGCAUAUUUCCAAAGUUCUACUUAAAAACCUUCUAAGAGCCUCUAGAUCCUGGGGAAAUGAGUGUUUGGAUAAUGCCGAUGCAGAGCUGCCCGAAGAACAGCGUACGAUCCCUAACCUCAAGACUGUUCCUUAGGGCAGUUGUUGUACUGGUACAUCAGCUAUUUCUGAUGUACAAAGUGAUGUAUUUUGAUUCCUUUCUGUUUCUUACUAUGUAUAUGUACCGCUUUUAAAGAGCAAACGGCUUUCUCCUGCUGUUGGUGUUGUUAGAAACAAUUCCACUUCACGUUCACCUCGAUCCUUUUGUUAAAACUUUUUGACCUUGACAUUCAAGAAUUAAGACCGAGGGCAUCAACUUGAACCCUCAGGCAGACAGUAAACUGCUCAUCUGAAGUCAUUACUGUGGACAUGAACUAUAUUGGAUAAUAAGAUCCCAUCUAUAAGAAUGUGGAAUUGAACCCUGUUUUGUACAAAGAAGGGGAAUUAACUUAGUGGGGAGAGGGACAGAAGAGAAGAAAAGAUCUUGCUGCAGAACAUAAGCAUGAACAUGAAGGCAUUUCAAAUGUGUAAAACGGUUUGAUAAAUAAAGAAUGUCACUUUUUUAUUU